UUUUGUUACCAGUGCAGCUUACAUUUGUAUCCUCAGAGAAGAUCUGUUUUUAUCUUUCAAGAAAGGAGAUUUUUUUUUGACAAGUCUAUUUCAUUCGCCCUACCUUUGCUAAAACAGAGUUCUGUGAUGCGCAUUCCCGUAGAUCCCAGCACGAGUCGGAGGUUCAGUCCCCCGUCCAGUAGUCUACAACCGGUCGCGGGGAAGAUGAACGAUGUGAACACAGCGACGGGACAGCAAGAUGCAGCCGUGCCGAGACUCCGGCCGCACGAGAAUCGCACCAUGGUGGAAAUCAUCGCUGAUCACCCCGCUGAACUUGUCCGGACUGACAGUCCGAAUUUCCUUUGCUCAAUCCUGCCGUCUCACUGGAGGUGUAAUAAAACUCUACCCGUCGCUUUCAAGGUGGUCGCCCUCGGAGAGGUCCCAGAUGGGACGGUGGUUACUGUGAUGGCGGGAAAUGAUGAGAACUACUCAGCAGAGCUUCGAAACGCCUCAGGCGUCAUGAAGAAUCAGGUGGCCCGCUUCAACGACCUGAGGUUUGUGGGUCGCAGUGGAAGAGGCAAGAGUUUCACUUUGACAAUCACGGUAUUCACUAACCCACCCCAAGUGGCCACUUACCACAGAGCCAUAAAGGUCACAGUGGAUGGACCACGCGAGCCAAGAAGACACAGGCAGAAGCUGGAGGACCCGCCCAAGGCCGGCCUAUUCUCCGACCGCCUCAGCGAGCUGGAGCGCCUGCGACAGACCACCAUGAGGGUCGCCGUGCCGACGCAAAGCCCCCGGCCGUCACUCAACACGGGGCCCAACUCCUUCACGCCGCAAGGACAGACACAGAUAUCAGACCCGCGCCAGUCCCAGUCCUCGCCCCCCUGGUCCUAUGAGCAGCCCUACACGCCCUACCUGAGCCCGAUGACAUCACCCUCCAUCCACUCCACCACGCCCCUAUCCUCCACCCGAGCCACCGGGCUCCCGGCCAUCAGCGAGGUGCCCCGACGGCUUUCAGGUGCCUCUGACCUGAGCCCUUUCUCGGACCCGAGGCAGUUUGAGCGCCAGUUCCCCGGCCUGUCGUCCCUCACCGAGAGCCGCUUCUCCAGUCCCAGAAUGCACUACCCGGCUACCUUCACCUACACGCCCACCCCCGUCACUUCAGGCAUGUCCCUCGGCAGCGCCCACUACCACACCUACCUGCCGCCACCCUAUCCUGGAUCUACCCAAAACCAGAGUGGACCCUUCCAGACCAGCAGCACGCCUUAUCUCUACUAUGGCGCCUCCUCCGGGUCAUACCAAUUCUCAAUGGUGCCGGGGGGUGACCGCUCGCCUUCCCGGAUGCUCCCGCCUUGCACUAGCGCCUCCACGGGCAGCUCUCUCAUCAACCCCAAUCUGCCCAGCCAGACAGAUGGGGUGGAUGCAGAGGGUAGCCACAGCAGUUCACCCACGGUGCUGAACGCCAGCGGCCGGAUGGAUGAGUCCGUGUGGCGGCCAUAUUGACGUCCUCGGGACCCCGGAUCA